GAGAGCGGAAGUUCUUGUGUUUUGGUUCUAAAGGGAAGUUGCGACAAGAAAGAAAGGAGAAGACGUGACGGGAUUGUUGAGAUCAUUUUCUGACUUUUCCAACACUGUGGCGUCAAAAUACUCUGGCUUGUCUGUAUAUAAAAUACAGCGGCAGUGGUAGAAGUUGUGGACGUCGUCUGGCUCCCAGUCUGAAAAGUGAAGUUUGAGGAUUCCAGGUGAUCUGUGAAGGUCAUGGCCAAUCGAGGAGGAGCGACAAGACCUAACGGACCAAAUGCAGGGAACAAAAUCUGUCAGUUUAAGCUGGUGCUUCUGGGUGAGUCAGCCGUCGGAAAGUCGAGCCUGGUGCUGCGCUUUGUCAAGGGACAGUUUCAUGAAUUCCAAGAGAGCACAAUAGGAGCUGCCUUUCUCACCCAGACAGUAUGUCUAGAUGACACAACUGUGAAGUUUGAAAUUUGGGAUACUGCAGGUCAAGAACGUUACCACAGUUUGGCGCCUAUGUAUUACAGAGGUGCACAAGCAGCCAUAGUCGUCUAUGACAUCACAAAUGAGGAAUCAUUUGCUCGAGCAAAGAAUUGGGUAAAAGAGCUACAAAGACAAGCUAGUCCUAAUAUUGUCAUUGCAUUGUCGGGCAACAAGGCAGAUCUGGCCAAUAAAAGAGCUGUGGACUUCCAGGAUGCACAGUCAUACGCAGAUGACAACAGCUUACUUUUUAUGGAGACAUCAGCCAAGACAUCUAUGAAUGUGAAUGAGAUAUUUAUGGCUAUUGCAAAGAGAUUACCGAAGAGCGAACCUCAGGCUGCUGGAACUAACACUGGCCGUAACCGGGGAGUGGACCUAACAGAGGCUGCCCAGCCCGCCAAGGCUCCAUGCUGCAGUAACUAACAUGAAGGAUGCCUUUCCAAACAACCUUUACAACAGUAACUGAUGCAGCCCAUGCACCAAUGCCACUGCAGUUACUAUUUCAAAGUCUUGUUAGUCUUAUGUCCAAUUCUUUAAUGUUCAAAAGAGGAAAAAAGCUCAGUACCCCUAAUAUAUAAUUGCUAGGUCAGCCCAUAGCCUGAUGUCUGGCUCUGCCUCCUAUGCUUCAUUCUGAUUUUGCUGCUACACGGUGAGUCACUUCACCAGUCUUUCAUCCACUCUAUUUAGCUGUACAUGGACAGAGACAUUUGGGCCCCCUGCUUUUCAACAUCUGCCCUGUGUAGAUAUGUCUUUUUAGAGAAAAUGACUGUUUACUACUGCAUUCUUAUACUGUUUUAUUUGACAGUUAUUAUAUGCUAAUAUCUGCUGAUAUUAUAAACUUACUUACUAACUUUUUUUUUUACUGAAAUAUGAAGAAUCUUAAGAUUUCAUCUAAAUCCUUAAUUUCUAUGCUGAUCCUCAGUAGGACCUGUUUUCACUCUGACCAUCCACAGCCCUCCAAGGACAGAGUUUUUCCUCGUUGUGGCAUUGUGCAAUCCCUUACAGUAUUUAUUAUCUCUGACACUCUUCUGGACCAAUGCAACCCCCUGGACUCUACCGGCACAUGGCAAGGUGCAGAGGUGAAACUAGCUGUCUCUUUACAAAUCCAUUCCCUGUUCACUCUUAAAACUCCAGAUGGACAAAACAGUGUAUUGCUUCAUGGUGAGAAGACUAGUGGCAGUUGGGGAGUUGCAAUAUACAUUGAUCCAAAAGGCUCAAUGUCCUGUCCUGUAGCAGAAACCUUUAGUGGCAAAUUGUCCAGGUGUUUUAACUGGCUCUGGCUGUUAAAUAGCAUUUAUGACCCAAACGUUUGCACAUUAUCACGUCUCAUUGACCCUAACUAUCGCUGCAUAAAUGUCUGUUACAGCAUCUUUCAUCUGUAGGGCCCAUUCUCCUGUACUUUUCUUAUAACAUAUUUUUGCACCAUCACAAAAGGCUUACAUGUGUUCACAUGUGUCUUUACAGAUCUGUCUUACUCAUGCCUUGCACUAACAAUGCUCAUGAAUAUAUCUCGUCAUAUUUACAGCCAGUGUGAUAUAAGUAUAUAUAUAUAUAUACAUAUAUAAAUAAAUAUAAAUAUAUAAAUAAUCUACUGUAAAUAGGGUCUUGCAGUGUAUUCUGCUUUUUGAUUUACCUGUGACAGAACUAAUGCUUGCUAGGAAAAUGUCCAAAUUUAAAAAAAAUAAA